GAUGAGAGCCAGAACACAGACGAGCUGAAGCAGCAUCACACUCUUCUGCUGGGAUUGAGUUCUUCUGGAAAAUGUACUACUUUAGAGAAAUGAUGCUCAUCUUUGGACUGAUGCUGCUGCAAACUGCUGCAUUGCCCCUACCUGCUGUCACCAGCAUGACCGUGUACGAUAAGGACAUAACAUCCAUGCGGGUCAGAUGGGAGCUAGUACCCUCUGGAAAGACGGAGAUGCGAGUUGUUCCAGAUGUGAAGGAUGACUUGCUACCGCAGCUGCUUCCAAACACAGUUAAUUUGAUCUCCCUGUUAACCUCCUUAAACGGGAAGGUGACCAGCAAACCACUCAUCACCAGCGGAGUCACUCUGCCUCUGCCUCCAUCAGGUAAGCUGAGAAUCUCAGAAGUGACUCACAGCUCCAUGCAUUUCACCUGGGAUGCAGCUCCUGGGAACGUCAGGAAGUACAUCCUCACCUACAAGCAAGAGGAUGGAGAGAUGAAAGAGGUUCAGAUCAACGGUAACAUCACCGCUCUGCUUCUCACUGGCCUCCACUCUCAGACGAAGUAUGAUGUUGCCGUCACUCCCGUCUACGACGAGGAUCUAGCAAAUCCUAUGCUUAGCAGCGCAAUAACUGAUGUGGUUCCUGCGCCCAAGAACUUGAGGUUUUCUGAGGUAAACCAGACUUCAUUCAGAGCCACAUGGGAACAUGGAGCACCAGACGUCAUACUGUACCGCAUCAGUUGGAUCAAGCAGGAUGAGAACAAACUCAAAUAUGAAGUCCUGAGUCAUGAAGAGACAAGCCACGUUUUGUCAGAUUUAGACACAGGCACAAUGUAUGAUGUCCAUGUCACUGCCAUCUACCCCAAUGAAUCGGACAGUGAGGAUCUGACGAGGAGCCAAUGCACAUGUCUGGAUCGGUUCUGCUGUUUUGAUCAGUCUGAUCACUGUUACACAGCUCUGGGACACAAACUCAAUCUGUUGAUGGUGCAGGACGCUAGUAAAUAUGAUCUGAUGUUAAUGAAGAGAAUAAACAACAACACAGAAGAUGGUCCAGUUUGUAGAGUAAAGAAUGACAGGAUGAGGAUGAGUGAAUGUGAUCUUUAUAAUAACAGACCUGAAGUGACAGUCAUUAAUGGGACUCUGAUAAUAAACCAUGUGAUCAGAGCAGAUUCAGGGAAUUACAGAUUAAAACUCUCUCACUCAGACGGCUCAGAAAUAUCUCGAGAUCUUCAAGUGAUUGUUGAAGGUCUGGAGUUAAACUGCAGUUUUGAUCAGUCUGAUCACUGUUACACAGCUCUGGGACACAAACUCAAUCUGAUGAUGGUGCAGGACGCUAGUAAAUAUGAUCUGCGGAUAAUAAAGAGAAUAAACAACAACACAGCAGAUGAUCCAGUUUGUAGAGUAAAGAAUUGCAGGAUGAGGAAGACUGAAUGUGAUCUUUAUAAUAACAGACCUGAAGUGACAGUCAUUAAUGGGACUCUGAUAAUAAACCGUGUGAUCAGAGCAGAUUCAGGGAAUUACAGAUUAAAACUCUCUCACUCAGACGGCUCAGAAACAUCUAGAGAUCUUCAAGUGAUUGUUGAAGCUCCUAUUGGCUCAGUGGAAGUGUCAAUCAUCUGCUCCUCCAAUCAGACUUCAGUGUUCUGCUCCUCUGAGGGAGAUCAGAUCAUCUACAGCUGGACUCUGAAUGGAAAAAUACUAGAAGAAGGACCAAUGGAUGGAAACAGCAGCAUUGAUCUGGAUGAAGGAACUGAAGGAAACAUCAGCUGCAGCGUGAAGAACCACGUCAGUCACGCACAGAAGACCAUUAGACUCAAACCCUGUCCUGGUCUGGAUCAGUUCUGCUGGUUUGGUCAGUCUGAUACCUGUUACACAGCUCUGGGACACAAACUCAAUCUGCUGAUGGUGCUGGAUGCUAGUAAAUAUGAUCUGAAGAUAACAAAGAGAAUAAACUACUACACAGCGGAUGGUCCAGUUUGUAGAGUAAAGAAUGACAGGAUGAGGAUGAGUCAGUGUGAUCUUUAUAAUAACAGACCUGAAGUGACAGUCAUUAAUGGCAUACUGAUAAUAAACUAUGUGAUCAGAACAGAUUCAGGAAAUUACACAUUAAGACUCGAUCACCCAGAUGGCUCAGAAACAUCUCGAGAUCUUCAAGUGAUUGUUGAAGCUCCUAUUGGCUCAGUGGAAGUGUCAAUCAUCUGCUCCUCCAGUGGGGUGAUGAGGGUGUUCUGCUCCUCUGAGGGAGAUCAGCUCCUCUACAGCUGGACUCUGAAUGGAGGUCCACUGAUGGAUGGAAACACCAGCAUUGAUCUGGAUGAGGGAACUGAUGGAGACAUCAGCUGCAGCAUGAAGAACCACGUCAGUCACGCACAGAAGACCAUUAGACUCAAACCAUGUCCUGGUCUGGAGUUUAACUGCAGUUUUGAUCAGUCUGAUCCCUGUUACACAGCUCUGGGACACAAACUCAAUCUGAUGAUGGUGCAGGACGCUAGUAAAUAUGAUCUGCAGAUAAUAAAGAGAAUAAACUACAACACAGCAGAUGAUGCAGUUUGUAGAGUAAAGAAUGACAGUAUGAGGAAGACUGAAUGUGAUCUUUAUAAUAACAGAUCUGAUGUGACAGUCAUUAAUGGUACUGUGAUAAUAAACCGUGUGAUCAGAGCAGAUUCAGGGAAUUACAGAUUAAAACUCUCUCACUCAGACGGCUCAGAAACAUCUCGAGGAGAUCUUCAAGUGAUUGUUGAAGCUCCUAUUGGCUCAGUGGAAGUGUCAAUCAUCUGCUCCUCCAGUGGGGUGAUGAGGGUGUUCUGCUCCUCUGAGGGGGAUCAGCUCCUCUACAGCUGGACUCUGAAUGGAGAUCCACUGAUGGAUGGAAACAGCAGAAUUGAUCUGGAUGAGGAAACUGAUGGAGACAUCAGCUGCAGCGUGAAGAACCACGUCAGUCACGCACAGAAGACCAUUAGACUCAAACCCUGUCCUGGUCUGGAGUUAAACUGCAGUUUUGAUCAGUCUGAUCACUGUUACACAGCUCUGGGACACAAACUCAAUCUGAUGAUGGUGCAGGACGCUAGUAAAUAUGAUCUGACGAUAAUAAAGAGAAUAAACAACAACACAGCGGAUGAUGCAGUUUGUAGAGUAAAGAAUGGCAGGAUGAGGAAGACUGAAUGUGAUCUUUAUAAUAACAGAUCUGAAGUGACAGUCAUUAAUGGGACUCUGAUAAUAAACCGUGUGAACAGAACAGAUUCAGGGAAUUACAGAUUAAAACUCUCUCACUCAGACGGCUCAGAAACAUCUAGAGAUCUUCAAGUGAUUGUUGAAGCUCCUAUUGGCUCAGUGGAAGUGUCAAUCAUCUGCUCCUCCAAUCAGACUUCAGUGUUCUGCUCCUCUGAGGGAGAUCAGAUCAUCUACAGCUGGACUCUGAAUGGAGAAAUACUAAAAGAUGGACCAAUGGAUGGAAACAGCAGAAUUGAUCUGGAUGAGGAAACUGAUGGAGACAUCAGCUGCAGCGUGAAGAACCACGUCAGUCACGCACAGAAGACCAUUAGACUCAAACCCUGUCCUGGUCUGGAGUUAAACUGCAGUUUUGAUCAGUCUGAUCACUGUUACACAGCUCUGGGACACAAACUCAAUCUGAUGAUGGUGCAGGACGCUAGUAAAUAUGAUCUGCAGUUAAAAAAGAGAAUAAACUACAACACAGCAGAUGAUCCAGUUUGUAGAGUAAAGAAUGGCAGGAUGAGGAUGAGUCAGUGUGAUCUUUAUAAUAACAGACCUGAAGUGACAGUCAUUAAUGGGACUCUGAUAAUAAACCGUGUGAUCAGAGCAGAUUCAGGGAAUUACAGAUUAAGACUCUCUCACUCAGACGGCUCAGAAACAUCUAGAGAUCUUCAAGUGAUUGUUGAAGCUCCUAUUGGCUCAGUGGAAGUGUCAAUCAUCUGCUCCUCCAAUCAGACUUCAGUGUUCUGCUCCUCUGAGGGAGAUCAGAUCAUCUACAGCUGGACUCUGAAUGGAGAAAUACUAAAAGAAGGACCAAUGGAUGGAAACACCAGCAUUGAUCUGGAUGAGGAAACUGAAGGAGACAUCAGCUGCAGCGUGAAGAACCACGUCAGUCACGCACAGAAGACCAUUAGACUCAAACCCUGUCCUGGUCUGGAGUUAAACUGCAGUUUUGAUCAGUCUGAUCACUGUUACACAGCUCUGGGACACAAACUCAAUCUGAUGAUGGUGCAGGACGCUAGUAAAUAUGAUCUGAAGAUAAAAAAGAGAAUAAACAACACAGCAGAUGAUCUUGUUUGUAGAGUAAAGAAUGGCAGGAUGAGGAUGAGUGAAUGUGAUCUUUAUAAUAACAGACCUGAAGUGACAGUCAUUAAUGGUACUGUGAUAAUAAACCGUGUGAACAGAACAGAUUCAGGGAUUUACACAUUAAGACUCUCUCACUCAGACGGCUCAGAAACAUCUCAAGAUCUUCAAGUGAUUGUUGAAGCUCCUAUUGGCUCAGUGGAAGUGUCAAUCAUCUGCUCCUCCAAUCAGACUUCAGUGUUCUGCUCCUCUGAGGGAGAUCAGAUCAUCUACAGCUGGACUCUGAAUGGAGAAAUACUAGAAGAAGGACCAAUGGAUGGAAACAGCAGAAUUGAUCUGGAUGAAGGAACUGAAGGAAACAUCAGCUGCAGCGUGAAGAACCACGUCAGUCACGCACAGAAGACUAUUAGACUCAAACCCUGUCCUGGUCUGGAGUUAAACUGCAGUUUUGAUCAGUCUGAUCACUGUUACACAGCUCUGGGACACAAACUCAAUCUGAUGAUGGUGCAGGACGCUAGUAAAUAUGAUCUGAUGUUAAUAAAGAGAAUAAACAACACAGCGGAUGAUGCAGUUUGUAGAGUAAAGAAUGGCAGGAUGAGGAUGAGUCAGUGUGAUCUUUAUAAUAACAGACCUGAAGUGACAGUCAUUAAUGGGACUCUGAUAAUAAACCGUGUGAUCAGAACAGAUUCAGGGAAUUACAGAUUAAAACUCUCUCACUCAGACGGCUCAGAAACAUCUCAAGAUCUUCAAGUGAUUGUUGAAGCUCCUAUUGGCUCAGUGGAAGUGUCAAUCAUCUGCUCCUCCAAUCAGACUUCAGUGUUCUGCUCCUCUGAGGGAGAUCAGAUCAUCUACAGCUGGACUCUGAAUGGAGAAAUACUAGAAGAAGGACCAAUGGAUGGAAACAGCAGCAUUGAUCUGGAUGAAGGAACUGAAGGAAACAUCAGCUGCAGCGUGAAGAACCACGUCAGUUACGCACAGAAGACCAUUAGACUCAAACCCUGUCCUGGUCUGGAGUUAAACUGCAGUUUUGAUCAGUCUGAUCCCUGUUACACAGCUCUGGGACACAAACUCAAUCUGAUGAUGGUGCAGGACGCUAGUAAAUAUGAUCUGCAGAUAAAAAAGAGAAUAAACUACAACACAGCGGAUGAUCUUGUUUGUAGAGUAAAGAAUGACAGUAUGAGGAUGAGUCAGUGUGAUCUUUAUAAUAACAGACCUGAAGUGACAGUCAUUAAUGGGACUCUGAUAAUAAACCGUGUGAUCAGAACAGAUUCAGGGAAUUACAGAUUAAAACUCUCUCACUCAGACGGCUCAGAAAUAUCUCAAGAUCUUCAAGUGAUUGUUGAAGCUCCUAUUGGCUCAGUGGAAGUGUCAUUCAACUGCUCCUCCAAUCAGACUUCAGUGUUCUGCUCCUCUGAGGGGGAUCAGCUCCUCUACAGCUGGACUCUGAAUGGAGAUCCACAGAUGGAUGGAAACAGCAGCAUUGAUCUGGAUGAAGGAACUGAAGGAAACAUCAGCUGCAGCGUGAAGAACCACGUCAGUCACGCACAGAAGACCAUUAGAAUCAAACCCUGUCCUGAUCCAACUACUGCAGCUGUGACCUCUAGUGCGACCUCUAGUGUGACCUCUAGUUUGACCUUUAGUAUGACCUCUGAAGUGACCAACAGCUCACAGACAUCAGAAAAUGGUACAAGUUUCUCAUCAGCUGGUGUGAAUAUCACCACAGAUGUCACUCCAAGCCCUAAAGAGAGAUGGAAGUUUUUGCUCUUUCUGAUUGCUUUGGGCUGCGCUGCUGUGAUCCUGAUUGGGCUGUUCAUCAUUGUAUGUUACGUUUACAAGAAAAAACAGCAAAAGUCGAUAACAGCCGCUGCUGGAGAUACAGAGCUCAUAUACACUGAUAUCUCUCAUAAGAAAAAGGAUGAAAAGACGACAAGAGAAUCGCUCCCGGCUGGUGAAGAGGAAUACGCCGCGGUGCGACCGCAGUCAAAGAGGAAGAAAAAUGAGGAAGAGGAGGAGGUCCAGUAUGGUGAAGUAACGUUCACUCCGAACAACUCAGCCGCUCCACAGCAGCCUCAGGAGCAGUGUGUUUACGCGCAGGUACAAAGACGCUAGUCUCACAACAACAGCUUGUGUAAGAUCGCACUUUCCCUGGAAACCAAGUGCUUUUUACACUUAUGUAUGACUUUGGUUGUUUUAAGGGUUAUACAAAGCACAUAUCUCUUUGCAACUGUAAAUUAUUUUGUGUGACACAUAGCCUACUAUGUGCUGAUAUUGACUGUAGAGUGAGAUAUGUUGAGUAAGCAAGAGAAUGAAAAAAAGAGGAAACCAAAUGCAUGUUAUUUUUCUCAAUCCACUGAGCUCUUCUGUUUUUAGCACUUCUCGAUUUGCAGCUGCGACUUUAUGAUGGCAAGUAAAGCUUAAAUGGGAGUCAACUUGUAAUCAUGAAUCUUGAGGAGGUGAUCAAGUUGCUCACUAAUCACGAAAACAGCAGUUUGGUGAUUUUGCAACAUUAAAACAUUUUUAGUUCAAAAGUCACAGAGAACCUGAGCUUGCUAGAUUGAGUUCUAGAGGAUAUAGUAGUUAUUGAGGAGAGUUUAAUGGUGAUAUGAGAGAGUUAAAACGAGGGGUUAAAACAGUUCAAAUAUCUGCAUUCGUCUGUCUGGAGUGUGGUGAAGCAGUCACGUGUUUUUAACCUUUAAAUCAGGGUCAGAAAAUAAGGGGGGAUUCUGGCAAAAAGCCACCAAAAUGAAACAAAAAUAUAUUUCAAGAUAAAGUGGCAAAAAUUGCGACAACACAAUUAAACAAUCGAUUACAG